AUGGAAAACCGUACUCUUCUACAUUUACAAAUCACAGAUGGACAACUUGAAGAGCACCCAAAAAACGUUUUGGAUUUAAACAGUCAUGUAGAAUCAAUGAAGAUAAAUUUGCAAAUAAAUGACGCUAAAAUCUGUUUUUAUCUGUCCUGGAAACAUCCUCUAAAUGUUCCAGCUGAUGACGAACUCAGCAGACAUUUGAUUAGAGAAAAAUCAACCACUUUAAACAAUCGUAGUAAAGAGUUAUGCAAACGGUUUGUAACAAUCAGCAAAUUACCUGGAAGAAUAGGGAAUCAGAUGUUUGAAAUUGCCUCUGUUAUAGGUGUAGCAUAUUCAUAUGACUUAAUACCCAUUAUUCCUCAUAUGUCGGUUUUAAAUAAAUAUAUUGAUCUGCCUAAUAGAUUUAAUACGAGCCUUAAAGGUCUUGAAAAUGUUGUAAAUUGUCAUUGCAGAAAAGCUGCAGUUUUUUACAGCUGUGAAAGUUCUCUGAAUUCGACAGCAAAUGUUACUAUGCAUGGAUACUUACAGUCUUGGAAAUAUUUUAAUGAUGCUGAACACAUAAUAAGAAAGGUAUAUUCCUUGAAAAAGGUGCAUAUUAUAAACGCAAGAAAAUUCUUGGACAGUGUGACAACAUAUGGUUACCAGCAUGUUUGUAUUCAUGUUAGACGGGGGGAUUUUCUUAGAAAAAGAAGCGAAGGAUAUACUACUGCAGGCGUCGAUUUCAUUGAAAGAGCCAGAAACUUUUACAAAAACAAAUACUCGAAGGUUGAUUUUGUUUUGGUUUCUAAUGACAAAACAUGGUGUAGAAAGAAAGUUAAAGAUGUUGCAAUAAGUCCUUUUAACAAUGCCGGGGAUGAUAUGGCACUAAUGACAAUAAGCGACCACGUUAUUGUUACGUCUGGAACAUUUGGAUGGUGGGGUGCUUGGCUUUCCCGUGGCACUACUGUGUACUUCAAGGGAUAUCCUGGAAAUGCUUUAUCAUCACUUUUUAACAGAAGUGAUUAUUAUCCACAAAGUUGGAUUGGUUUAUAAAUGCUCAAAAUGGCAUAUGUGUGUCCUUUAUUGCAUGGUUGGAUUUAGAAAAAAAACUCAGUUUUAACGUAACGGUUUCCGUCUUAUCAUAUUGUGUUUAGUUUGUCUGUCAUUCUUUUUUAGUAUUGGCUGUGUACAAUUCAGUUCGUUUAAAUUUUCGAGGUUUUUUUUGAACAAUUAAGUGUAGUACAAAACUGGUAUAAAAAACGUUUAACUAUCUGAGCUUACGGGUACGGAGGACUAAAAAGCGAAGUACCAUCGUGUUUUGUGUUUCCUUUACUUUUCUAAAAUGCAAAUAUUUGCUAUGAUAUUUAAAUGAAUCGUUGCUAACGCUUAUGAAGAUCACUUAUGAUUUUUAAUUAUGUCGCUUAAAGCGAUUCAACAAAGGGUUUUAAAAACUUUUUAGAUAGAAAUAAUAGUCGACAUGAUUUUGAUAAUGAAAUGCUUAAUGUCAGAAAUGUCAAAGUAGUUUGACAAUAGUGUUACUAUUGAUAAUUAAAAGAAAUAAAAGCAUGAGCUCCACGUGCAAAGAUGACAACAGCAAUGAUUCAAGUAGUAAAUAUAAAAAUACGGUAAUAGAUCGGAUUUCAUCAUUCAUGAACAUCAACA